AUGUCAUCCAUAGGUCCUGAGCCAAGAGUUAUGGGUUCUAAGUUCUCUAACUUUCUUAUUCCACUGAAAACACGCAACGUUAACAAUUUCUUUAAGAAGUUCCCAGCUUCUAAGUGGUCGCUGGAGACCUAUAUUAAUGAUAUUAUCGAAGGCCCAGACAGUGAUCUUACCUUCGAUCAAAUACUCACAAACUUCAUAGAAAGCCUCAAACGUAUAAACAAGUUAUCUUCCAUUCCGUUAUCGAUCCGAUCGUUUUGUGAUAAUCACGUAAAAUGGUUAAAGUCAUUGUCUGGCAAGGCCAUUAUACAGUCGUGUCGGGAAUUUUUUGAUGCUAAAAGGAAUCUCGAAAAUAAGAUAAUCAUUAAUUCUGUGGUUGAGAAAUCAGUUAAUGUCGUUAUACAGACAAAUAAUCUCCAGGCUUUUUUACAACCUUCUGCCCCAUCAGGAACAGAGGCACAACAAUCAAUGCCUCUCGAAAUACAAGAAGAUACCUGUUAUAUCACAAGUGAUGACAAUGAUGAUAAAGAUACAAAUGAUGACGAUCAUAUUUCUGACAAUAAAUCGACUUGUAUGAAAGAUCCCGAUUAUUUUAACAGUCUUAUGGAUAACGUAGAACUAAUUGGAAGAGAGGAAGAAACUAUGCCGGCAUGCCUGACGCCUACAAUUUCAGUGAUUAAUAGCUGGAAUUCCUUCAAAAUCGAUGAUAUUGAUGUUGUGGAAUUUUUUGGUUCCCUACGUGAUUCCUUGCCGAAAAAAAGUCCCGAAGUUCAUCCACAGUAUUGGGGGGUUCUUGAUUUGACUGGACAGCACAAGCCAACAAAGAAAAAGUUUGUCUCAAAAUGGGACGAGCUUGUAAAUGAUUUCCAAUUAAAUAUAGCAUGGAAAAUGGUGGAACUUGACCAGUCCGAAAUUGAUUUUUUUGACAAUAUCGAGGAUUUAAAGGCACAACAAAAGGCACCAAUAUUGCAUGCGCACUUGACAAUAUUAAAAGCAUACCUUGAGCAUCUUAAAUUGCCGAUUAAUGAAAGGGAGCUCAUGAUUCACAUUGUGGCCCCUGCUUUUAGAAUGAGACCAGUCCUAGAAGGUUUUAUAUGCGAAGUUUCAGGCGGACUUCCAGCAGGAUGCCCUAAGAAAAUUUGGAUCGAUAAAUUAAAAAUAAUGGUUGGAAUGCGGGAUAUGAUCAACAGAAUAAUAAAGACAUUUCCUGGAUUAUUACCUGAGGAUUAUAUGAAAAUUGUCGUAUUUGGAUGUCAAGUAAUAGGAUUACAGAUGAACCUUUAUGCGAUGGAUAUACGGACAUAUGGAAUCUAUCGUUUUGGAAUAAUUGAUAAAAUAUUUUUACCUGCAUCAACGCCACCAGCAUAUGAGCCAGUGCAUGUGAUGUUGCGUUCCUUAGAGCACCGAUUGAGCAAUCUUACAGAUUAUUGCUCGGAACUUAAAGUCAAACAUGCAAGAUUGAGGCGAAAACGUAAUAAUCCCCUAAAAAAAGACGAAGAACCUAACAAAUGA